AGGUCUCCGUUGUAAUAACAUUCGAGGUAUACUAGUUCCACUUCUGGCAAGCAGUUUGUCUUGGUGAAACUCCCUCCUUUGACUCCCCCAGUGGUAAAACAAGCUCUAAUCUGCCUCCCCUGGGGUAUUACGGGAACUCGGAGAGAAAAGAGUAAACAGCUGGCACAGAGGCCCGUUAAUGUUAGUUUGUUUCGUUUCCGAGCCAUAAUAGGACUUGUUUUGGAUCUCAAUAUUGAUCUCACAGGGAGAGGAGGCUGUUUAUCCUUUCAGUUGAGCUGCUCUCUGCACACACUCGGAGGAAGAUGGCUGCUGCGUUGCUUUUGCUGCUUUGUGCUGGGGCCGUGCUGAGCUCUGUCGAGGCCCAGGACUCUUAUGUUCAGCUUUCUGACAUCUAUAAGAAAGGAGUGGAUCUGGCUUUGGAGCAACUCGCGUCUCAUAGCUCGGUGCAGCACCAUUUUCGCUUCUUAAGGACUAUAGCCGAAUCACCCCUUGAGUCUGGAUUUGGUGUGAGCUACAUCUACCACCACUUUUACCUGAAACCUACCACGUGCCCCAAAGGAACAACGGACACAAACGCUCAGAGGUGCCGCUUCAGGAAUGACAGACCGCUGAUGGACUGUGCAGUUUGCUACAAAGCAGUAGGAGACCACAUACAAGACCAGCCGAACCCGUACGUCCACUGCAUCCAGAAACCGAGGCUCACAGUGGAGAUGAAGACAGCCAGGAUGGACCACUGCAAAAAAAUGAGUUACAGCAGCGGAGCUCCUACGCUUCUGGCUGUGUCGAAAACUUCUUAAAUGCUUAAAAGUACCCACAGUUAACCUAUUGUAUGCUCGUUACAAUUAUAGGAAUUAAUUUGUCUGUUUUAGUGAGUGAAUUUCUCAUCAAGGCUUCGCUGAUUAUAUAAAGCACAAACAAUCUUGAAUCAAAAAGUCCCUUUAUUUCAGAUGUAACACUGUUAAAUAAAUAAAUAUAAUAAAACAAAUAA